UGCAAGGGAAGUGACCAGUGUGGUAUGGCUGGAAAAUCGAAUUUUAUGCACUGGAUGGGAUAAACGAGUUACAGAGUUCGCAGACACGGAAUCUGGCAUACAUAAAAAACGCUGGGAAAUGAGACACACGGACGAUGUGCUUUGUGCUUCUGUAGCUAAUUCACAAACUCUAGCCACUGCAUCUUACAAUGGUGAGCUGGUUUUAUGGAGGUUAGAGACUGGCCAGCCUUAUCGGAAAUUCCUGGUAAACAAUCCCACGGGAAGGUAUACAAUUGUUUAUACAAAAGAAUCGAAGGGAAAAAAUGAUGCAAUUGAUCCCAAGAAUAUGAAGGGGACACCAGCAAGAAAGAUACAUUCAGAUGGCAUGAGUACCCCACCAAUAUCAAGCCCAUUACAACAAAGAAAUUCGAAGCAUCAACAAUCAGCAUUGAACACCACAAGAUCAACUGCUGUGUACUCUAUGAUAUUCCUGAAUUCAAGACCAGUGUCCCCUGACGUCGGAACUCUUUUAAUAUCGUUGGAAUCUGGAUUAAUUCAGGUUUGGACACACCAUCCAGCAGCAGGAUUCUUGGGUGCCUUUUCUGUUAUCCAUACACCCGGUGACUGUGCGCUCUGUCUUACUACUGAUCCAAAUAACGAUUAUCUUAUUACAGGACAUGCUGCUGGGUAUAUUAAGGUAUGGUUACUGACCAAUUAUGCACUACCCAAUCCUCAACGGAUAUCAAUGCCUGUUUUGAGAUUAGAAUUUCCAUUUCUCUGGAAAGAUAGACUGGACGGUCGUGCAAAGAGAGCUGUACGAAACCAGCCUUUACCACUGUUAUUAUCUUCAAUAAUGGGUCAUACAAAUGCUGUGAAUUCCCUACAAUUUGUGCCAGGAGCUAGAUUAAUUGUCAGUGGAAGUUCUGACCAUACGGUACGUUUGUGGUCUCUGAGUGGACAAUACAUAUCUACCCUUGGAACUUUUCGACCAUGGUCCACAUUGUUAUCAGACACCCCUGUUUCAAAGUACUUCGGUGAAUUCAGAUUGCCUCCUGAUAUUAAACGAAUUGCCAGUCAUACAACAAUGAAGGUUAUGAAAGGGGGGAAAACCGAAGUCAAAUCUGACGGUACAGCUGAAGAUGUGGAACUUUCUAAGGAGGUUUCCAAUCAGAAAAGAUUAUUGCUGUAUGGAAGAAGACUCUCUUCGCCAAUUUUAGGACAGCGUUAUAAACUAGCUGGACGAUCUAAAGCCUAUGACGCACCACCAAGUCUUGAUAACUCAUUAGCAUAUAUCCCAGUAUACACUCAUUUGAUAACUCAUAAUUUGGAGCCAGUGAGGAUACCACAGAUGCUAUCAGUUUUAUCAUCGCAGAAGAUGAGACUACCCACAUAUGUACAUCCUAAAAGACCUACAAAAGGCGUUUUCAAAUCGACGUCUAAGUAAAAUCAAGCACGUUAUGAAAAAACUUGCAUACUUGGCAGCAAAUUAACAUUUCUCAAAAUUGGAUGCAACACAAUGGGUACUACUGAUUUUCAAUGAUUAAAAAUUAACAAAUAUCGUCAGUGACAAGAUAAGAAACGGAUUUACCGAUGUAAUAGUCAAAAAAAGGUAAUUCAUUGUUGCAGAAAUACAGUCAAUUAUCAAAAUAUUUAUAAUUUUCAACCCGACUUGGUUAAUGGUGGUGAAAGUGUGCAGUUCGUAGGAGAGAGAGUAGCGAUAACUAAGCGAGAUAAUGGCGAGA